AGCGGCCGGGCCGGCCCCGCCGCCCGGGACAGCCGGAGGAAAAUGAACCUGAAGUCGGAGCGCCGGGGAAUCCACGUGGAUCAGUCGGAGCUGCUGUGCAAGAAGGGCUGUGGUUACUAUGGCAAUCCUGCCUGGCAGGGCUUCUGCUCCAAGUGCUGGAGGGAGGAAUACCACAAGGCCAGGCAGAAGCAGAUUCAAGAGGAUUGGGAGCUGGCAGAGAGGCUCCAGCGUGAGGAGGAAGAAGCCUAUGCCAGCAGCCAGAGCACCCAAGGGGCACAGUCCCUGACCUUUUCCAAGUUUGAGGAGAAGAAAACCAAUGAGAAAACAAGAAAGGUCACUACUGUGAAGAAGUUCUUCACUGCUUCCUCCAGAGCAGGAGCUAAGAAGGCAGCUCAAGAGAAAACCCCUAAGCAAGGACAGCUUGGGAGGGAGAGAAAUGCUGAUAACAUUCUCAGGGAUUUGAAGGAGAUUUUUACUCCCUCCUGGGAACUGGCUUCCCCUUCUGAAGCAGCGUUGGCUGGCAAGCUGAAAGCAGAGAUCCAGGAGACCAAAGCUCCCAGCCCUUCCAUCCACAGGCAGGCCAGCAUUGAGACAGACAGAGUGUCCAAGGAGUUCAUAGAAUUCAUCAGGACUUACCAGAAGCCUGGCCAGGACAUCUACAAGCAAUGCAAACUCUUCCUGGACACCAUGAGUCACAAAAGGGAUUUAAGCAUUGAGGAACAAUCUGAGUGUGCCCAGGAUUUCUACCAGAACGUGGCAGACAGGCUGCAGACACGUUGGAAAGUGCCCCCUGAAAAAGUGGAGAAGGCAAUGGAUGAGGUUGAGAAAUACAUCAUGACCCGACAGUAUAAAUAUGUUUUUUGCCCUGAGACAACUGAUGAUGAGAAGAAAGACCUUGCUGUCCAAAAAAGGAUCAGGGCUUUGCACUGGGUCACUCCCCAGAUGUUGUGUGUUCCUGUCAGUGAGGAAAUCCCAGAAGUCUCUGACAUGGUUGUCAAGGCAAUUACAGAUAUCAUUGAGAUGGAUUCCAAGCGUGUCCCUCGGGAUAAACUGGCCUGCAUCACCAAAUGCAGCAAGCACAUCUUCAAUGCCAUCAAAAUCACCAAAAAUGAGCCAGCCUCAGCUGAUGAUUUCCUGCCCACCCUGAUUUACAUCGUGCUCAAGGGGAACCCCCCGCGCCUGCAGUCCAACAUCCAGUACAUCACUCGCUUCUGCAACCCCAGCAGGCUGAUGACUGGGGAGGAUGGAUAUUAUUUCACCAACCUGUGCUGUGCUGUGGCCUUCAUUGAAAAACUGGAUGCUCAGUCCUUAAACCUGAGCCAGGAAGAUUUUGAUCGUUUCAUGACUGGCCAGACCUCCCCAAAAAAGCAGGAAUCUGACAGUUUCUCCCCUGAUGUGUGCCUGGGGGUGAAGCAAAUGUGCAAAAGCUUAGACCUCCUCUCUCAGUUGAAUGAGAGACAGGAAAGAAUUGUCAGUGAAGCCAAGAAGCUGGAGAAGGACCUGAUUGAUUGGACUGAUGGCAUCACCAAGGAGGUGGAAGAUAUUGUGGAGAAAUAUCCCCUAGAGAUCAAACCAAAAAGCCAAGCCUUAGCAGCCAUUGACUCUGAAAAUGUGGAGAAUGACAAGCUGCCCCCACCACUGCAGCCUCAGGUUUAUGCAGGAUAAUUAUCCUCAGCUAAUUGGGAAGGGAAGGAAAUUUAAAGCUAAAAAAAAAAAAAAUAUGAGCUUAAAUCAGUACAUUUUUAAAGGUACUUUUGGGGGUUUUUUUGGUUUAUUUUUUUUGGUUAAGUGUAAUGAAUUGUAUUUAUUUUAGUCCAGUAGAUUUCUAUUAGGCUUUGGUGGGUUUUUUGAACUGAAUUUCGAUUUUCUACACAAACUGGUGUAAUUUUUAAGCAACACUAGUCCAUUGACAUCUCUCCUGAAAGCUUCCUUCUAAGCAUGCACUUAAUUGUUUUUAAUAAUCAGUUUAACUUGAAGCCAAGUUUCCAGCAGGAAAAAAAAAAAGGUACCAAUGUUAGUCUGAACUUAUUCUGUAGCUGUAAAGAUGAACUAUAUAUUGUAAAAUAUGUAAAAUUGUAAAUAGAUUUCAAAUCUAAUGUCCCAACUGUGCAUGAGCUCGUGUAUGAGUGAAAAUUAUCUUGAUAUAUUCAUUUUAGCACUUUUUAAAGGCAAAAACACUGUUGGAGUUUGGAUAACCUGGAGGGGAAAAGUGAGGAAUGACAGGGAAUGUUGUUGGAGUCACUUGGAAACUUGAAAAAUUACCUUAAUCAGCUUUGUUUAAAAAAAAAAUAUUUAAAAGAUGCCAUGUCUUCAUACAAAUGCUCUGUCAGAACACCUGGUAGCCUUGAGUGGUGCACAAAGUGCUGAUUUUACUGCUUUGGGAGGGAAUGUGGGGCCAGAAAAGGAAAAUAAUUCAGGAAUAGGAAGAAAUAUUUAUAUUAAAAACUGCAUCACAUGGAACACAAAAGGUGGGAGGGCAAAGAGACCAUGGAAGAGUUGUUCCAAAAAUGUCUCUCUCUCCUGAUCCCUUCCAUCAGUGGGAUAAAUUUUGGUUGCUUUUUUGACAAUCUUGAGGAAAUAAAAAAAUAAAUAAACCCACAUAACUCGAGGUUGCUUUUUUUCAGAAGGAGCAGAAAAAUGCACUUUAUUUCAAUAAAUUUAUUACAACAACCUUCUGCUCCUCAGUGACCCCUUCAGCACCUUGAACAGCGAGCUAGAACUGACACACAGUCACUAAAAUUCACAUUUGGGGGUGGAAGAAGAGCUCACCCCACAAAAAGCAACCUCUCCCCAACAGAACUUUGCAACUUUUUGUGUCUCCUUUGCAAUCUCUUCCAGCUCCAGCCAGCCCUGACUCCUCGGUGCUCCUGAGAUCUCAACACCAAGCUCAGCUGGAGCUGCUUUUUUAGCAAAGUUUAAUUCUUGCCAGCCAGGAGGAAAGCACCUACCUCUGAUUGAUUCCACUUCGUUAAAGCACUGCUCCUAAUUAAACUUCCUAAUUAACUCCAGCCCACGAUUGUGAUUUGUCCCUUUUCUGGCAGCUUUUUUGUUUUUGGGGUUUUUUUUACCAAUUAUGCACCACCCCUGGUGUUCCAGACAAGCAGUGCAGCGCUGGGAUGCUCACUACAAAAAAAAAAAAAAAAGAAAAAAUCAGGUUAUUCCGUGUGUCACCACGCCCAAAUCGCUUCGGUCAAUAAUGCUGACAUUUAUUUCGUUUAUUUAGGUGUUAAUUCAGAGUUCCAGGUGCACAGGUGUGUUCUGAGGAGGGGUGGGGGAAGCGAACUUGCAGCUAUUGUGUAAAAAAGAGCGUGUUUAAAUAAAAACGUGGCCGUUCUGCUCUCGUUAA